UCCUGCCUGAGUCCUGCCCCACGCUUGGCACAUACAAGGGCUGUGAGCCCAUGGCUUGCCAAGACUGGGAGCUGAGACUAAGAGAGGAGCACUGAGCACUUUGACCUGGUGCUGGCCCCCCCGUCAGAUAUUCAUAACCUCUUUUUCCAGCUGCUGGCCCGAUGCAAGAAUGGGGGUGUGGGGUGUUCCCAGCUGUAUCCACUGCCAGGUAGCAGCAUACUCCUGGUGAGAGGGGAGCAGCCCUUGAGCUGACAGGUGCAGGUAUCCCUGUGUCCUCCUGCCCUGCGGGUGCCAGAGUUGGGCUGGCACCACCCUCACCGUGGCAUUGCACACAGCAGCUGGAGCCUCUUGGCAGCAUCUGGAUGUUACUUCCAAGAGCAGGUGCAAGCGGAGAGGUGAGAGCUGCGUGGAAGGGGUGGGCUCCAACCCCAGGCUUGGUGCAAACUGCUACCCCACUGCCACCCACAGCCUGGCAGGGACAUAGGUGCAGGGACUGGCACUGGGGUGCCUGUCCAGCUCCAGGGACUGGCACCCACUGCAGGGCAGCAUGACAGCAGCAGGGUCCCAGCUCUCUCUUCCGUGGCAGCUCUGUCUCAGUGGAGAGUGGACCAUCAGGAUUUUCUGCCAAAGGGUAUGGGGCAGCCAGGAGAGCUGCCCAUGAGAGACCCCACUGCUGCCACCCUUUUCCCCUCCCAGCUGCAGGGGCCUCAACUGCAAGAGCAAAUGAGACAUCAAGGCUGGAGCUCUUGGUGUGCCCUGCUCUGCUGCUGCCCCAUGCCAGGGGGUGGGUGGGCCUCUGGCACGCCCAGCAACCCACUAACGCAAAUAGCCAGUGGCUCCUCUCCGCCCCGUUCCCCUCCUGGCUCACGCACGGGCUCCAAUUACUCGGCGUCAGCCUCCGCCAGCACUCAGCUGUCGGUUCCCCUCUGGCCUGUCACUCCCGCUCUCUACGGGACUGGGGCAGCUGCCCCACUCCCUGCGCACCCAGCACAGAGGGCUGGGGGCUCCGCAGGCAACGGGGUCCCAGCAUCGGCCACUCUUUGUGGGGUUUUUCAUCGCAGGACGAGAGCUCCAAACACAGUCAUGACAGAGAAGGAAGUGCCAGAGCCACCAGCUUCACCUGCUUCAGGUGGGAAACCCAAGAGCCAGCAGCUACGGAAGCUGAAGCAACUUUUCCAGCGAAAGCCCAAGGAGGAGACAGUGCCAGAGCCGCAGCCCAACGGGGAGUUGGUCAGCCCCUCAGGGGGACCCAUCUACUACAUCUAUGAGGAGGAGGAAGAGGAGGAAGAGGAGGAGGAACCUGAGCCCCCUCCAGAGCCCCAGAAACUCGUCAAUGACAAACCCCACAAGUUCAAAGAUCAUUACUUCAAAAAGCCCAAGUUUUGUGACGUUUGUGCGCGCAUGAUUGUCCUCAACAACAAAUUUGGCCUGAGGUGCAAGAACUGCAAAACCAACAUCCACCACCACUGCCAGUCCUAUGUGGAGAUGCAGCGCUGCUUUGGCAAAAUCCCCCCAGGGUUUCGCCGGGCGUACAGCUCACCCCUCUACAGUGACCAGCAAUAUGCCUGCACCAAGGAGCUGCUCUCAGCAGCCAACAGGAGCGACCCUGUGUUCGAGACCCUGCGGACAGGCGUCAUCAUGGCCAACAAGGAGCGCAAGAAAGGGCAGGAUGACAAGAAAAACCCUUUGGCUGCUAUGAUGGAUGAGGAGCCGGAGGCCACAAAGCCAGAAGGAGGCAAAACUGAGGGUGGCACCUCUGAAGGGGACAAGAAGACCGAGAAGAGCCCAACAGAUGACAAGAACAAGAAGCCACAGCCAGGGAUUCGUGGUGGCUAUCUGCAGUCCCAUUACUUCGUGGCACUUUAUCGCUUCAAAGCCCUAGAGAAAGAUGACCUGGAUUUCCCGCCAGGGGAGAAGAUCACGGUGGUCGAUGACUCCAAUGAGGAGUGGUGGCGGGGGAAGAUUGGUGAAAAAAUUGGCUACUUCCCUCCAAACUUCAUCAUCCGGGUGCGGGCAGGCGAGCGGGUGCACAAGGUGACACGCUCCUUUGUGGGAAACCGGGAGAUUGGGCAGAUCACACUCAAGAAGGAUCAGAUCGUGGUGCAGAAGGGCGAGGAGGUGAAUGGGUACGUGAAGGUCUACACCGGCCGCAAAGUGGGG